AUGGAUCUUGAGCGUUUAAGUCCAAGGAAUCAUCAAGUUAAGAAAGAAUCUUGGUGGACUGUUUUGACUUUAGCUUACCAAAGCUUAGGUGUUGUCUAUGGAGAUUUAGCAACUUCACCAUUGUAUGUCUACAAGAGCACAUUCGCUGAAGAUAUUCAACAUUCAGAGACAAACGAAGAGAUCUUUGGUGUUUUGUCUCUUGUCUUUUGGACAUUAACUCUAAUCCCAUUAGUUAAAUACGUCUUUAUUGUUCUUCGUGCUGAUGACAAUGGUGAAGGUGGGACUUUUGCUCUUUACUCUUUGCUUUGUCGACAUGCUAGAAUCAGCUCUUUGCCCAAUUUCCAGCUCGCUGAUGAGGAUCUUUCUGAGUAUAAGAAAGAUUACGGGGCGAAUCCGAGGAAUUUGAAAGUUACGGGGUGGAGUUUGAAAGGUGUAUUGGAGAAGUAUAAGGUUCUUCAGAACAUGUUGCUUGUUCUUGCUUUGAUUGGGACUUGUAUGGUCAUUGGUGAUGGUGUUCUCACACCUGCAAUCUCUGUUUUCUCAGCCGUUUCUGGAUUAGAGCUAUCCAUGUCCAAGGAACAACAUCAGUAUGUUGAGGUGCCCGUGGUUUGCGCCAUACUGAUACUCUUGUUCUCCCUGCAACACUAUGGGACACAUCGUUUAGGAUUCUUAUUUGCUCCUAUUGUGCUUGCAUGGCUUCUCUGUAUAAGCACUAUAGGUGUAUACAACAUCUUCCAUUGGAAUCCUCAUGUUUACAAAGCAUUGUCUCCUUAUUACAUUUACAAGUUCCUCAAGAAAACUCGCAAACGUGGCUGGAUGUCUCUCGGUGGCAUCCUUUUAUGCAUAACGGGCUCAGAAGCUAUGUUUGCUGAUCUAGGACACUUCACUCAGUUGUCAAUUCAGAUUGCAUUCACAUUUGCUGUUUAUCCAUCACUAAUCCUCGCAUAUAUGGGUCAAGCCGCGUAUCUGUCUAAGCACCAUUUCCUCGAGACUGAUUACCGGGUCGGGUUUUAUGUUUCGGUACCCGAGAGAAUCAGAUGGCCGGUUUUGGCAAUUGCGAUUUUGGCGGCUGUUGUCGGAAGUCAGGCGAUAAUCACGGGAACAUUCUCGAUCAUCAAGCAAUGCACUUCUCUAGGCUGCUUCCCGAAGGUCAAAAUCAUGCACACAUCAUCGAAAAUGCACGGCCAGAUAUAUAUCCCGGAGAUCAACUGGACUCUCAUGCUCUUAUGCUUAGCAGUGACUGUUGGAUUCCGCGACACCAAACAUAUAAGCAACGCCUCAGGCUUGGCGGUUAUUACCGUUAUGUUGGUAACGACUUGCCUAAUGUCGCUGGUCAUCGUCUUAUGCUGGCACAAGAAUUCCAUCUUCGCCCUAGCAUUCAUCUUCUUCUUUGGAACAAUCGAAGCUCUCUACUUCUCAGCUUCACUCAUCAAAUUCCUCGAAGGCGCUUGGGUUCCACUCGCCCUUUCCUUCAUCUUCCUACUCAUCAUGUACGUUUGGCACUACGGAACCCUCAAGCGUUACGAAUUCGAUGUCCAGAACAAAGUCUCAAUCAACUGGCUACUCACACUCUUCGGCUCCUCAAACCUCGGAAUCGUCAGAGUCCGUGGCAUCGGCGUGAUCAACACCGAGCUUGUCUCUGGCAUUCCUGCGAUCUUCUCUCAUUUCGUCACUAACCUCCCGGCGUUCCACCAAAUCGUCGUCUUUCUCUGUGUGAAAUCUGUCCCUGUCCCGCAUGUGAAACCAGAAGAACGGUUUCUCGUCGGAAGAGUUGGACCGAAAGAGCACCGGCUAUACCGGUGCAUCGCCCGGUAUGGAUACCGCGAUGUACACAAAGACGACCUCGAGUUUGAGCAUGACCUCAUUUGCAGUAUUGCAGAGUUCAUCCGUUCGGAUAAACCAUUCGAUUGCUUGGCGGACCAAGAAAACGAAUGCGGUACCAAUGAGAGGCUAACUGUCGUCGCUGCUUCCUCCUCCAAUCUGGAAGGCGUUCAAAUCUACGCAGACGAUGGUGGUUUUAAUAAACCAGAACCAUCGUCUUCUUCAGAAGUAAUCGUAGUGGCGGUAGAGCCACAAGUUCCUUCGCCAGGGAUCAAGAAAAGGGUACGGUUUGUGUUACCAGAAAGCGCGAGGAUCGAUAGAUCCACGGAGGAAGAGUUAAAUGAGUUGAUGGAGGCGCGUGAGGCCGGAAUGGCGUUUAUAAUGGGACAUUCAUACGUGAGAGCGAAAUCGGGAUCGAGUGUGAUGAAGAAGAUCGCUAUCAACUUUGGCUAUGAUUUUCUAAGAAGAAACUCGAGAGGACCUUGUUAUGGUCUCUCUACUCCUCAUGCUUCUACUCUAGAAGUUGUUUCUGCUAAACCUCCUCCUGUUAAGAUUGUAAGUGGGCUUGUGACAAAUGUAGCAUCAUUGCUAUGGAAAUGGUUGUGGUCUCUUCAAACAUCCACAACCACGACAACCACCACAAAAUCUGGCGUUUCUAGCCGUUCGAUGGUGAAAUAUGAAAGUGGAUAUAACAUAGAGACAGUGUUUGAUGGAAGUAAGCUUGGGAUUGAGCCCUAUGCAAUUGACGUUUCCCCUAAUGGAGGAGAGCUUAUUGUCUUGGAUUCUGAGAAUAGUAACAUUCACAAAAUCUCCAUGCCUCUUUCUAGAUAUGGUAAACCAAAGCUAGUCUCUGGUUCGCAAGAAGGAUACACAGGACAUGUCGAUGGAAAGCUCAAAGAAGCGAAAAUGAAUCGUCCUCGAGGAUUAGCCAUCGACGACAGUGGAAACAUUUACGUCGCCGACACUAACAAUAUGGCUAUACGCAAGAUCAGCGACGACGGAGUCUCAACCAUAGCCGCCGGGGGAAGAUGGAGCAGCGGAUCUAAAGAGGAAUCAAUGAGAUUCUCCGAUGACUUUGAUUUGAUCUAUGUCUCUUCAAGCUGCUCUCUUUUAGUCAUUGAUCGAGGAAAUCAAAUGAUUAAAGAGAUUCAACUUCACGAUCACGAUUGUUCUCAUCACGAACCCGAACCCGACACAGAUCUCCAAUAUCUUGGAACCGCUUUGCUCGUUGCUGCUGGGUUCUUUGGAUACAUGCUUGCGUUAUUAGUACGUAGGGUACGAUCAUUGUUCUCUUCGUCUCGUCAUGAUAAUAAGAGGCAUGUAGCAAAACAGAACAUGACAAUGGCUCCAUACCAACGUUAUCCAAGACCGGUUCGACAGCCAUUAAUACCACCUCAACAUGAACCAGAAAAAGAAGAAGGAUUUCUCGGUUCGCUUGGAAAGCUAGUGGUGAAAACUGGUUCUUCUGUUUCCGAGAUGAUGACCGGUUCAAGAAAUGGAAUUCCACAAAACUACCAAUAUCAUCAUCAGCAAGAACCGAACCAGUGGCCGGUACAAGAGAGCUUUGCUAUACCGGAAGAAGAUGGACCACCGGCUUUAGAACCGAGAUCAGGUAUAAUUUCGGAUAAACCCUACCUUAGACCACAAGGAACAAACCAAAACCGGUCUUAUUACCAAGAUUAUGACCAAUACCAAAACCAACAGAAACGAAACGUGAACGAUACGGCGUCGUUCGAAGAGAACCGAGAGAAGAACGAGAUCGUGUUCGGGGCAGUUCAGGAGCAAGACGGUCGCCGAGAAGCCAUGGUGAUCAAAGCCGUUGAUUUCAACGAAUCCAUGAACGAUCAGCGAAAUCUACGUCCAAGAAUUAACUAUAUGGGAUAUUCUUCUCAUGUUUACUGA